AGAAGUCGUGGUGAAUGUGGUUUACUUGCUUCACAUUGCUUAUGUUAGAGUAUUUCUGUAUUUUAUAUAUGUAUUAUUUCUGUAGCCGAUUUUAUUAAAAUUUUCAGUGUGCAUUAUCCCCAGUCAAGAAAAAGUACGCGCAAAAGUCCGCUCCACGUUUUCUGUACACCCAACAAGCGUCCAUUAAAGAGCCGAGUUGACUCGAGACCGUAGGUCGAGUCUGGGAGUGUGGGGCAGUCUUGAAUGGAUUGACCAAAGAGGGAUUUACGCUUUUUAUAACUACUUUACGCGCUACGGCAAAACCUACAAAGCGCAGUAACAAUUAAGAGCAGAUUUACAACGCGCUUGUUUGUUUAGUAGGCUAACGUAUAAAGUGGCGUUACUUACUAACUGUGCUAAGAGAAAUUAUUCAAGGAUCAUCAGUGUCUUACAGGAGCGGAGUAUUAUUAGCAAUUCAGACAGUGCAACUGUCUCUCCGGAUGCUUAUCACUGUGUGCUUAAUGGGCAGAAGGCUGAGGUGCAAAGAACGUAUGUGUUUUCCUUACAAUCCCUUCAAAUCUAAUGCCCAUGCCUCCUUUCCAAUAUCAACACCUCCCUACUCAACCUAAUAUCAGUUAUGCCUCUUAUUCCCAAGAAACCCAAAAGGCUACAUACACCAUUGAAAAGAAAUGAUAAAAAGUUGACCUCCACUACUGCGAAGCGGUGCACUGUUAAUUCUGAAAAGUCUAAGGGGCAGACAGCAAAAAACACAUCAGACACACCUACUAGGCCCACAGCAAAGGCCAAGACUGCCAAGAGCACUGCCAUCAAUAAGGCUGCCAGUCAUGCCUCACUGGGAUACUUGGAAAUUAGUAAAAGCUCCCCUGCUCGAAGAGGAUCUACGCGACUCAGACGGUCUAUGAGCUCGGCCACACAGUUUGGUCUGGUUGUAGACCUGCAAGGCCGAAGAAAGUCCCUCCGGGGCACUCCAUUCUCCCAGAGUUUCCCGCAGGAUGUAAAACCAAGCAAGAUAGGACAGAGUGCCAAGGCAAGGGCUCGGCAGAUUCGGGGUUUGAAUCAGUGGGUGGCAAAGCACCCUGGCUCCUGCAAUGCCAGCCAGCAGAAGAAGUUGUUGACUCCAGAAGGUGAACAUCAGCUCAGUAGUUUGGGGUCAGAAUUGACUAUGGUGGAGCAGGACAACACACUUAUUGGCCUAUCCAACAAGGAUGAACAGGUUACUGACCAUGGUGGUAAGGCCACUGAAUCUGAAUCCAUUGUGGCAGACCCUAACAGUCUAAACCCUAAUAACGAAUGUGCAAAUAAGUCGGAUUCAUCAGAGCCAACCUCUGAAGAGGACCCUUUAAAUAACAGAGAUACCUCAGCCCUGGUGGAAUUCCCAGUGGUGUUACCCCCUCAUGAGGCUGUGUUCUCAGGUGAGGAUGGUAACCUUGGUGCUGAACUUCAACCACAGACAUGUUUGAUUCUAUGUAGUUCUACUUUGACCACUCCACACUCCCCAUCACCGAAUGUCUCUUUGGUUCCCUCCCCUUCAUGUACUUCCUCAAAGGCAUCAUCACUUCUCGAAGAAAGUGCAGGUGCUACUAUUGUGGAAGUCGGAAUACCUCAUGUCACUGUGGAUGGAGACACCAAAGACCAGGCUGUGCUCUCAGAGGACAGGCCCAGCAAGUACACGGAUUCACUAAUACUCCAGUCCACAGACACAGAUGACUGUAGCACUGAAGCGGUGGAACUGGACUUGGUGCCAAAGAUCUUGCCCUGUUCUGAUAGUAAGCCCACCAGCAGCUCUGAGAAUACACAGUCCUCCUUUGACACAGAGUCAGAGCCAGGGCUGCCAGAUGCCUUUCUGGAGCCUACAGGCUCAGGUGCUUUUCUUUUGUCAACGGAGGACAUGCACCACUUCCUGAUGGGUGCAGACGGGAGGGAGAGAUCCAAGAGGAGCCGCUGCAAGGAUUGUGAGCCCUGCCUCCGUAAGGUCAACUGUGGCCAGUGUAGCUGUUGCCUGAACCGCAAAACAGGCCAUCAGAUCUGCAAGCUCAGGAAGUGUAUUGAACUCAAGAAAAAGCCUUCUUGGAUCUCUUCUGCUCAGGUGGGCAGCAAGGAUAUAGCCAAACUAGUGAAAAAGAAACGAGUUUCCAAGGUUGAGACGGAGGUGAUCUCAGUAAAUGGCACAAAGGUGGAGCAGAUGGAGGACACCUCUACGGCCGAAGAGAAAGAUGGUGACUCAUCGCAAGCCCACGCUGCCCCGUCGGACGUCCUCCCGUCGGACGCCCUUCCCACAGUCCAAAUGGCAGCAGCAGCACCCCUCUUUGAGAACGAGCUAGGGACCUCUGAUACCGAUGCACUUACUAGUCAAAGCCUUUCACUGAAUUUACCCAACGGUGCUGGGAACCGCACACCGAACGCAAGGAGGGAUGCUGGUUGUGCUUCCCCUUCCUUAGAGAGAGUGGUCAUUGUGCAACCCCAACACCAAACCGAGGCACUUCCAGAAAGCACUGUCCCACUGAAGAAAAUCAAGAUGGAGGAGCCGUGGGUGUUGACAGACGGUCAGACAACGUCACAUUCAGAAAGCAGUGAUGGCUAUGAGGAUGCACUGUCUACUUUGGCAGCUGUAGUUUGUUUUUCCAUCACUGACAGAAAGGCCUUGGAGGAGAAGCUUUUCGGACCUCGGCCUUCAGUUGUGUGCUCAGUGAAGACCGAACCAGAGGACAAUUCACACGAGUUUAAGUCAUAUCAGAAAUCUGUGGGCAUCAGUCCACUUACUGACACACUCCAAGAGCAAGAGCAAAAAAAUUCAGACAAAUGUGUUAAAGACUCUGGAAGUCCCUUACCAAGUGUGCAAACUUUGGUGGAGCAAAGGAACUUAAGUCUAGAACAGGCCAUAGCUAUUGAGGCGCUGACUCAACUGGCUGUGUUGCCUCAAAAUAUGCCCAUAAAAAUGGAAAACAGUAGUCUGGAUACCAGGUCAGAAAGCAAACCAGCUGCAACCGUCGCUCCAGUAGAAAACAUACCUCUUUUGGGAGUUAAAUCAGUGUCAGAUGUUGCUUCAAACAAGGUCUCCGUGAUCAGUUCAUCACUGCACCAGACCUCGGUCAUCCACAGCCCUCUAAACAGGCAGGGUAGCGCUAGCCACCGCAGCACAUACACUUCAGACAAGCUGUCUUUGCAGCACCUCCUGAAAGCUAGUUCGGAUUGUGAAAGGCUACCCCUCAUCCCAGAGAAAGGUCUGAAGAGGACUGCCAGCCAAGCACUUUGUAAAGCAGAGAAGUCAGAGGGCACUUAUAAGGAGUACAAGCAGCCGGAGAGAACGCCAGGCAAAGGCUCAAGGAACAAAGAUGAGGAAGAGGUGGCCAUGCAACUGGCUCAGCUUGCAUUCAUCAUUGAGUCUCGCCAAACGCAGACACAGUCAGGCCAUCCCUCCCCGUACUCAGAAAAUAAUCCCCCAAAGGGAAUGCCUGUUCAGGCCAUCAAGUACAACAGUCAUUCACUAGCACAAAACCUGAAAAAGACCCCUAUGAAAACAGCGAAAACAACGCCAUCAAAACCCAGAGUUUCAAAAAAGAAGGGACUUGAGAUUAAUGGAGACCCCACAGGAGAAACUCCAACCAACCAUAGGGCUCCUCUAUCUAGACGAACACCCAAUGGCAAGACUCCCGUUAAGACUAAGGGUCAGAAAGUGUUUUCUCAGCAGAAUAUGAACCAUAAAAGGAACCCAUUUCUUCCACAGACUCAGAUAGACUUAAACAGAUACAUUGCAGAAGCACAGUUACAACGUGAGAGAUGUCAGCUCUCUUUCGGCGGCCCACUCAAGGGAGAGCACUUGGAGUCCCAGACUCCUCCGGGCCUGGCCAUCCACAGUAUAAACCAUGUGAAAACCGGACCCAUCAAUCUGAAUCAUUCCCAUGCCAAACACCCCAUGCUACAUCCAAACGGACAUCCCAUCCAACAGAACGGCCACAUCGACGGCACACAGGAGGGGAGGCGUGAAUGUGAACGACAGGCGAUUUCUCAGGUAUUCAGGUCCUGUGAUGUGCUGAAUCAUGGUGCUAAACCACAGGGUCACCCCAGUGUGUCCACCCCUCCUGGUGCUGUGUCCACCCACCGACCCGACAUGCAGAGCGUAACGAGCAGCUAUUCCAAUGACCAGCAGCAGCCUCGCCGAGAUCAAGAGGCAUAUUACAAAGUGGAAACAUCUGGCUCAGUCACUGUUUUGUCGACGUCAACUAUAAAUGUGGAACCAGGGGUAGAUUAUCCCAGAGAGUACACUCCUACUAAGGACACACUCAACAGCUUCCUGGAGUCCCCUCUGAAGUUCUUGAACACACCAACUAAGAAUUUACUUACGCCACCUCCCAAAAAAGGUGCACCAGAGAUGCCCAGUUGUGACUGCAUGGAACAAAUCAUAGAGAAAGAGGAAGGCCCAUUCUACACACACCUUGGAUCUGGCCCAAGUGUAGCAGCAGUAAGGGAACUGAUGGAGAACAGGUAUGGGGAGAAAGGGAAGGCAGUGCGAGUGGAAGUGGUGGUGUACACUGGGAAAGAAGGCCGGAGCUCUCAGGGCUGUCCGAUUGCCAAAUGGGUGAUCCGGCGGGGCAGUGAGGAGGAGAAGCUGCUGUGUUUGGUACGCCACCGCACGGGGCACUGCUGCCAGGACGCCGUGGUGGUCAUCCUCAUCCUGGCCUGGGAGGGGAUCCCACGCACCAUGGCCGACCACUUGUAUCAUGAGCUAACCCAGACACUCUGCAAGUAUGGCUCCCCCACCAGUCGCCGCUGUGGCCUCAACGAAGACCGUACGUGUGCGUGCCAGGGCCUGGACCCAGAGACCUGCGGAGCCUCCUUCUCAUUCGGCUGCUCCUGGAGUAUGUACUUCAAUGGUUGCAAAUUUGCUCGCAGCAAGGUCCCCAGAAAGUUCCGCCUGCUUGGAGACUACCCAAAGGAGGAGGGCAAACUGGAGGAUAACCUUCAGAACCUAGCAACAGACUUAGCCCCCUUGUACAAAAAGCUGGCACCAGAGGCCUUUCAAAACCAGGUGGACCACGAGCAGCUGGGCAGAGACUGUCGACUGGGUGUGAAGCAGGGCCGGCCGUUCUCUGGGGUGACUGCAUGUGUGGACUUCUGUGCUCAUGCACACAGGGACACACACAACAUGAACAACGGGAGUACUGUGGUAUGCACUUUAACUAAGGAGGAUAACCGAGCAGUGAGGAAUGUACCAGAGGAUGAGCAGCUGCAUGUGCUGCCCCUUUACAAGAUCUCCGAGACGGACGAGUUUGGCCGAGCGGAGGGCCAGCGGGCCAAGAUGGAGACCGGGGCUCUGCAGGUGCUCUCGGCCUUCCCCAGGGAGGUGCGACUGCUGGCUGAACCGGUCAAGUCUGCCCGCAAGAGGCGUCUGGAGGCCAAAAAAGCCUCCGCAGAUAAACAGCAUAACAAUCAGGACAGGAAGCAGAACACCCCAGGCAAGGUCAAAAGUGAACUCUUCAAAGGGACUCCUGACAGAGGUUACAAAAGCAACUCUGUGGAGACGUCUCCCUUGGUCAAAACAGAACCUCAGUCAUAUUCCAUCCCUUUGCGGACAGCAGGUGUGGGGAACUAUUCACUGAACUCCGAUCCCUCGCACCCUUUUCACCACAACCGUGAGUAUUCCACUCCUCCUGGAACCAACAGCCAGGCUAUGGAAGCACUUUCCUCACACGAGUCCGGCCGUCCUCCUCCCAAGUAUGGUUUUGCUGGAGCACCAGGGAGCCACCGUGGUGACUCCAGGCCCAGUGGGUGUCCGCAGCCUUCUGACCAACGGCUGCUGGAACCUCGGCCGGCAGUCUCCCCCCUGACCACAAAGGGUUUCCGUGGCUACCCCCACCCUCACACGUUCAAGUCGGAGCCAGACGAGGUGCAUUGCUCCUCUCUCCUGAGAGUCCCCACCCCUGUCGAGAGCACACCCCCACGCCCACUCUACCCCCACCCAGCCGAAGGGCUGCAGAGCAGACUCAAUGGGUACCACCCCGGUGUGCUGGCGCAGGGCACGCCUGUGGACCAGGGCAGCCUGCUGCCGCCCCGGACUCCCCUCAGCCCCGAAGCCGUGAAGGCCGAGGAGGUGUGGUCGGACAGUGAGCACAAUUUCCUGGACAGGGACAUCGGGGGCGUGGCGGUGGCGCCCUCCCACGGCUCCAUCCUCAUCGAGUGCGCCCGGCGGGAGCUGCACGCCACCACGCCCAUUCUGCGGCCCAACCGCAGCCACCCCACGCGCAUCUCCCUGGUGUUCUACCAGCACAAGAAUCUGAACGAGCCGGGCCACGGCCUGGCGCUCUGGGAGGCCAAGAUGGCAGAGAAGGCGCGAGAGAAAGAAGAGGAGGCCGAGCGCCUGGCUCUGGAGGGCGGCGUCAGCGCCUUGGUGAGCCCUGUCCGGCCCAAGGGCAAGAGAGGCAGGCCGGCGGGAGAGUGUCCAGGCGAGGAACCUGAGGAGUCCAGCCCUGAGGAGAAAGAGCUGGCCCGGGUACCUACGCGCUGGGCUCAAACGCUCCCACAGGACAGGGUCGUCACAGUGGCCCCCUACGCCCUGACGCAGGUCACUGGCCCCUACAACCGCUGGAUGUGACAUUUCCUGUAGUCUACACCAUCACUCUUUUAUGCUACUGCCUUACCUCAAUCAAUUUACUCUUUCAUUUGUGUUUUCAGUGCAUUGAUAUUGUCAAAUUAUGUUUCAUCUCAGCUUUUUAAAAAUGAUGUUGGAAAAAAAAUUGUUGUUUUUUUACUGUGAGUUGUUUUUGGUGAGUCCUUGAUGGUUUUAUAUUGUAAAGAAAUGGUGCUUUCAGAAGACUUGGUUUUAUACACAGAGAUGAAAUUAGAACAUAAAAUGUGAUUAUUUAUUCUGAUCAUUGUCAAAACUAUUUUGUAAUUUAAUUUUGGUGCAAGCCUGUUUACUGCAAUUGUACUAUGUAAAACAGCAUUUUACUUGCAAGUAACACUCAGAAUGGACAUUGUUUUUAAAGCAGUGGGUGCUCUCUGAAGUAAAAUAAUGACUUAUUUUGGUGCCAUUGUAGCAGUGACUGGUAAAUAUUUGAGAAAUAGAGAAGUGAAUAUACAGUACAUAUAGCAAGUAUCACCAUAGGUGGUUGUUUUAAAACAUUCAUGUAGCAUUUCAGUUUCAUUUUCCUUCUUCUGUCACUUGUAAUGCAUUUGGUAAUGAAGGUACAUGCUACAGUUUCUGUUUGUUUUGGUUGUCAUGGUUUGUUUUCAUUGUACAUGUCAUUUUGAAAAGCACUUUUAUUUUCAAAACAACUUGAAAAAUAUCAAUUUCCAAUAUGCACAUGCUUUUUUUCAUCAUGUCUGUCAUCCCCUUCACAGUAUUGCUUUUAAUUUUCACAAGGCGUAUUUAUGAAAGCAAUAAUCACAUAUGGUUAUGUGCUGCAUUAACUUUCAGAUGUUUUAUAAAAUAUUUUAGAACUAGCACUUAGUUCAGAUGAACCUGUAGAAUUCUGACCUUUGAGGUUUUACAAUUCCCAAAGUGUUUGAACGCAACUUGAAGAACAUCACACUUAGAAAUUCUCGAAAAAAACUUCUACACAUUUAAUGUAUGAUUGUCACUGGUGCUUCAAAGACCCAUAAUAAACUCUUGACAUGUGACACCACUUCACAUAUUAAUGCUGCAGAGUAGAAUUUAUUAUUUAAUAUAAAUUAUGAAACUUCCUGUGAGUUCAUGCAGAUUAUUCCUUUUUUACUAGAUUCUAUCAUUUUUUAUAAAUAAUUAUUUAAAAGUGACACCCCCCCCCCCCCCCUCCGCCAUCCCUCAAAAAAAAAAAACUUUGACAGUUAUAUGAUCAUUUGGGAAGAUAUACUGAAAGCUUACUUGCUCUAAAUCUUAAGAUAUAGUUCUCCAAGAUGAUAGAUUUUGAGGUAUUCAUCUAAUUCUACUGAGAAUGAUGGAACUACUCAACUAUUGUGAAAGUAAUGUCAUUGCAAGUUCCAAACAAUAAGCAUAACAAGAGUUGCAUGAUAACUCUUUACAUGUUUGAACUGUCAAAAAGUGAAUCAUAAUGUUUGUCAAUGAAAUGAAUGUGCAUCCAUUUUCUCUUGGUGCAACAGCAGAGAGCAUGCAAGUGUAGAACAGAUGUCAAAACCUACUUGAAAAACAGUCUGUCUGCUGAGACAAGUCACAUUCACCCUCAAAACAAUGUAAGACAUUUACUAUGUGAUCUGUCCCCUGAUAAGGUCAGAAUGCUUGGGAAUAAGUGAUGUUUCAGCACAUGGUCAGUGAGCUGUACUGGUUAAUGUUUACAGUUCAAUUGGCAGCUUAUUAUGGAGAAAGAUAGAAAUUCAAUGGUGCUUAAAUGCUGUCAGUGACAAAUCACAAAUGAGUGGUGCUUUUAGUUAACUUCUACUCUCUAUUCCCACCUGUAUCGAAAAACACAUAUGGGCAUGAAGGGCAAUUGCUCUGAACUGGCCUAUGGCUAACCUCUAUAUUAGUGCAUUGAUUUUGUAACAAAAAAACUACAUUUAUUCCUACUCACAUCCUGACUUCAGUUAUCUGGCCUUCUGUUUCCUCUGAAAUGUGAAAAAUGUCAUUCAAACACGCAGUAUUAGAUCACUUUCCCUGUGUGACAGGUCAUCAUACCACCUGACCUCUGGCAUUUGCAGGGUUAUGAGACAUGAUUUAAAAAGAUCACUAGUAAUUUACUGUUUCAAACACUUGCACUUUUUAGUUAUCUUGCCCUGGUCAUAAGUCUUUUUUUUCUGAUCAACCUCGCAAUGCUUUGGAUUUUUUGUUCUUUUGAGAAAAAAUGAUGAAUAAACUCUAUGUCAAAUGUA